CGAAUUCACUAAUUAUUGGAAUGCAGCUGUUUGUACCUCCUUGGGUCACUCAUCGAACAGGAAAGAGUCGUAAAACUCCUAUUUAUUCACUCCAUGUUCAUCCUUCUGGCCAGAAACUGGCCACUGCCGGACUUGUCAAUAUCAAAAUAUGGAACAUGAAGCCGAUUGUCAGCCAAGAAGCCGAACUCGAUCCAUCUGUUCCAAAACAACUGUCUUCCAUGUCGAUCCAUGAUGGUGCUAUUCUAUGCGUUCGAUGGUCUCCUAGAGGAGAGUAUUUGGCAUCCGGAUCUGAAGACGCUAAAGUCGUUAUAUGGAAACUUGAUGGAUCCAAAAUCAGAAAUACUGGAUUCGGUGAAUCAGGAACUAUUAAAAACUGUGAAUCGUAUCGAGUGGUCAAGAUUCUUCCUGCACAUGAAUCUGAUGUAGCAGAUUUGGCUUGGUCGCAUGAUCAGGCAUUUCUUGCUUCAUGUGGAUUCGAUCGUCGUGUAGUCAUCUGGGAUGGAGUAACCUUUGAGCAAGUCAAGCGGAUCGACUGUCACGCUGGAUUUGUUAAAGGUAUUACAUGGGAUCCUGCAGGAAAAUACGUUGCUACUCAGAGUGAUGAUAGAUCUAUCAAAGUAUUUCGCACAUCCGAUUGGGAAGUCGAAACAACUAUUACUGAGCCUCUCGAGUCUGGUGCAUCCACUACGUUUUUUACACGACUAAGCUGGGGACCCGAUGGGACAGUUAUUGCUGCUACUAACGGCGAGAGCGGAUCAGUUUGUGUAGCCCCAUUAAUUCAGCGACAAGAUUGGAAAUCUGAAGAUUUCUUUGUCGGGCACAAGGCUGCUGUUGAAGUUGCUGUGAGUGCUACGACCUAUCGCUCUUUUAAUCCUAGAUUAUUUUCACAACCCAGUUCUGAGCCUGUUGUUGGAGAUACAGUUGCUCCAGUACCAUAUAUAUCAAUUUGUGCUACAGGAAGUCAAGAUAAUGGUAUAUCAAUUUGGUCGACAAAUCAUUCCAGUGCCAUUGCAAAUAUUCUUGAACUGGUUGAGCACUCUGUUCUUGAUCUAUCAUGGACACUGGAUGGGUAUGGGCUUCUUGGAUGCUCCUAUGAUGGAACUGUAGUAUAUCUUGAAUUUAAUUUGGCUGAAUUUGGGCGAUCACUGAAUGCAAACGAAACGGAUUUUGUCUUGGGAAGAUAUGGUAAGCGUAGAGCGAAACACGUCAUUCCCGAAUCCACCACACAGUUGGAUUUAGAAGCACAGCUUGAAUCUUUAGAACACACUGUAACCGAGGCACCUACGCCUGUAGGUCGUAUUGCUGAUCUAAUGGCUGGCGCACAUCAAGGAUUUCCUAAUACCAGUGGAUCAACAGCAGCUGUUGAUGUAAAUGAUAGUACUCCACAGAUGGCUUUAGCAGAAUCUAUAUCUAGCACACAGGCCAUGUCUUUGGGAGAUUCCCAACCACCUGCAUCCAGCACUCUGCUUGCUCAGACCAUUUCAAGAACCAAGGAUGGUAAAAAGCGUAUCCAGCCUAUUUUUAUUCAAAGCUCAGAUGAUACGGUUCCCAAUCCAUUUAGCGCACCAACAACUGUAGUUGAAUCUGUAAGGGUGCCUGAAAAAAAAAGACCAGAACAUCAUAUUGCAAAUGGUGUGCCAACUUCAACCCAGGUUUCUGCUGCGCCUAUAUCUAAUGGUGGUAUUCCGAUUGUUUCUUCAGCCGCUUUGCUUAUUCCCAACUCUCUUGCGCAUUCUCAGCAAUCUGGCGUGAUUCCGACAAAGUAUGUCCUUCCCAUGGUACAUGGAUUUGAGGCGUUGCCUCAAUUAGGUAUUCCAGAACCACGCGAUGUAUUCAUUGCCGAAUCUAAAGAAGGACCGGCCAACCAGCAUAUUGGACUAGAGUGUCGCAACGAAAAGAAACUUGCGCGACUGGUUUGUACUAGAGGAGAGGAUCAGCUAUGGCAUUUAGUUUUGCCAAGCCCAGUAAUACUUGCUUGUGUCACGAGCGAGUUUGUUGCAGCUGCUUGUGCUAAUGCUACCUUGAAUAUAUUCAGUAUAUCUGGUCGGAGAUCCUUUCCUGCUAUUGCUAUGGCAAGUUGUGCUGUAUACCUGUCUGCCCAAGGUCCUUUUCUUCUUUGUAUUGACGGCACGGGCCAGAUGCAUAUAUGGAAUAUCCCAACGCAAACACAGCUGUUGACCCACAUAUCCAUAGCUCCGUUAAUUUUUGACGAAGCAGAUGGUGAAACAGAUGUUGAUGUGACACUUGUGCAUAUAUCUUUCAAGUCUGACGGACUUCCUAUUAUAACGACAUCCCGUGGUGUAUCGUUUACCUACCAUAUCGGAAUGCGUGCGUGGAUGAAGUUGGUAGAUGUCACAACAGAUACGUACUUGAAUCGGUUUAAUGGAUCUGGAUUGAUGCCACGACAACGACGGUUUGCUUCGAUGGAUAUGCUAGAGGAUCGACUCGCAUCAGCUGUUGCAUGUGGCGACGCUGAGGCGUAUCGGUACUGGCUAAAAAUGUAUGCACAUAAAUUAGUUGAAGAAAGUGCUGUAUCAAAAGCCAGGGAAGUAUGCGAUGAUUUAUCAGGAUUAGGUGGAUCGAGUUGGGAUCCGUUGAUUCUGGGGCUGCCCAAAGUUGAAUUGUUCAAGGAAAUUGCACCCAUACUUGCACAAAACCGAUCAUUUCAACGGAUUGUUACUGCGGCCCAGACUCCUGUAGAAAACUACGCCAUCAAGUUAUCCAAUCCACAGGAUGAAUCCGCUUCAGCAAUGGAAUUUUAAUUGUGUAUUUUUGCUAUUUUAAAGUAUCGAGUUGGAAAUGAAAUAAUAUUGGGGUUGGAUA